CCAGCAAGGGGCCGAAGAGAGGUAAUCCCAGCCAAGGACAGGGCGCCGGCGGGCCGGAAGACUGCCAACCCCUGAGACCAGCGAAAGAUCACACCAUAACCAAAAACUUGAAAGACUGGAGCUGUUGCUUUUCCCAUCUCCAGUCGUAAGGGGCGGUAAUGAGGUUCAAAAGAUGUGAAGCAUCCACCAGCAGCAUAGGAAGAAGAAGUCUGGAGGCUGAGCUGGAGAAGAAGAGCCAAGAUGGAGAAACAACUAAACUUCCCGUCCUGCUUGUAUUGAACCUUCGUUGAGUGAAACCAUACCGGAUCGCUGAAGACCAGACCGAUAUGCAGUCAUGAAGCGGGUCCGCACGGAGCAGAUCCAGUACGCAGUGGCUCAGUACCUGAAGAGGAGACAGUAUGUGGACUCCACUGAGGGCUCCCUGAAAGCAGCCAAACUCUUCCAGACAGCCGAAGAGAUGGCUGCCAGCCUCACAGUGCAGACCGAGUCAGGCUGCACCAAUGUGGUCUCUGCAGCACCGUGUCAGUCGGACCCGCAGCAGUACGAGUUGCAGUACUUGAGGCUGCGCUGCUUCCUGUCAGAAGCAGACAUAUCAUGGGCAAAGGAAGUGAGCAGCAUCCUCUACCCGCUCUUUGUCUAUUUCCACCUGGACAUGGUGCACUUGGGCCUGAAGGGGGCAGUAGAUGGCUUUUACAAUCGUUUCCAUAGUGCCUUCCUUCAGGACAGCGAGCAGCGUGCCACCAUCGAGCAGCUGCGUCACGUCCUCACCAGUCAGGAUGUGGCUGCCAACCCCAGGCUCAAUGCUUUUCUGGCACACAAGUUUGUGGUGCAUCUGACGGAGCCCGCCUACGGUUACCUGCUGCGCUACCUGCAGAGCGAGGACAACAGCGCCAUCUGCAGGGUUCUCAGCACACACCUGCAGCUGGAGGUGAGCAUCUCCAGGCGCACGGACUACCAGCUGUAUGGCGGAGCGGGCGGGACUGCUGGUGCUCCCAACUCAACUUCCACGUGGGCGGGAGUGGACGGUGCAGAGGGCGGGGAGGGGGUGGAUCUCCCUGCUGGAAUUCCGCAGAGCGAGGCAGCCUUGGAGGCUCUGCAGGACUGCAUCAGAAAGGUCAAUGAGGGUCCCCCCUCGCUCACCACCGUGUGCUUCUACGCCUUCCACCACACAGAGCAGCUCCUCAACACUGCAGAGGUGUCGGCCGACAGCCGGCUGCUGGCCGCCGGCUUCGACAGCUCCACCGUCAAGCUGUGGAGCCUGCGCGCCCGAAAACUCAAAGCCAAACCGCACGUGACCGACGUGUCCCGCGUCCACAUGGCAUGCGAUGUCCUGGAGGAGGAAGUCGAUGAGGAGGAAGCCUCGGGCAGCGAGAUCAAGAUGCUCCGUGGCCACAGCGGUCCCGUGUAUCGGACCGCCUUCCUGACAGACAGCUCAGGGCUGCUGUCCUGCUCCGAGGACACCAGCAUCCGCUACUGGGAUCUGGGCAGCUUCACCAAUACGGCGCUCUACCAGGGUCACGCCUACCCGGUGUGGGACGUGGACGUGAGCCCCUGCAGCCUCUACUUUGCCAGCGGCUCCCACGACCGCACGGCCCGCCUCUGGACGUUCUCCCGCACCUACCCACUGCGGCUCUACGCCGGACACCUGGCAGACGUAGACUGCGUUAAAUUCCAUCCCAACUCUAACUACUUGGCCACUGGUUCCACCGACAAGACGGUGCGGCUGUGGAGCACCCAGCAGGGGGCGUCUGUCCGCCUCUUCACCGGUCACCGUGGCCCUGUGCUGGCGCUAGCCUUCUCGCCUAAUGGGAAGUACCUGGCCUCUGGCGGGGAGGACCAGAGAAUCAAGCUUUGGGAUUUGGCUUCAGGAACGUUGUUCAAGGACCUGCGAGGACACACGGACAGUGUCACCGGCCUGUCCUUCAGCCCCGACAGCAGCCUGGUGGCGUCCUCAUCCAUGGACAAUUCUGUCAGGGUGUGGGACAUCCGCAGCUCUCAUGGCGGAACGCCGGCAGACGGCUCGUCCAGCGAGCUGGUGGGCUCAUAUACAGGGAACACAAGCAAUGUGCUCAAUGUGCAGUUCCUGGCCUGCAACCUGCUACUGGUGACGGGAAGUGCACAAGAUAAGACAGAAUCUUAGCGACAGGUCAAACUUUUGUGUUGUGCUUAAGGACGGCGCCCGCCUGCCUCAAGUGACUCAGAGUUUUGAUUGGAUUCCAACAUUGAAAAUGUGAUAAGAGUCAAUGCAAUGAUAAAAAAAAAGUUGUGUGUCUGUGACUUCUUGCUUUAAAUCUUGUUUCUGUCAAGGAAAGUUUCUUUCGAGGCCAGACUUUCUUAGUGCACUGUUCAUGUUAUGUCGCCAAAGGUGGGCGGGGCUUCUGGAGAACAAGUUUGUGUUUGUAUAUUUCAGCACUGAGCAACACAUAUUGUGCAAUGCUCCACAACUACUGUAAAUAAAUAUCAAAGUGUAUUUUUCUACUAUGCUGCUUUAUCAGAGCUAGACAAAACACAUUUCAACCAAGAACCAACUUGUUUGUUUGCUUUCUAAGUUGCUCAAUGAGCUUGUGUGUUUGCCUGCUGUGGCCUCUAAAUAAAUCACUUUGACUAAGAGGUG